GACACUAAUGAAGGCCGGGGAGACCUUUUAGCUGUUAGAUUAAGGUGUUAAAAAGAAAAAUGCACAGCGAGGAGAUAGGUUUCACUUUUGGUUUGACCACAGGUGAUUAAUAACAGACACUAGGGGGUGCUAGAAGCAAGGAAAACUGCUUAGUAUCGCUGAAGUUACACUGAACAGUCCUCUGGUAGUUUUCACACAAGGAAGAGUGGACCACCCAGCAGUUCUCUCAGACUUUGCUUUAAUCAGAGGAAAUACAGGAACACCAACCAGCUACAUCACACACUCUCCAGGCCUCAGUUACUCUUUCUGUUCCAUGGAUAUACAUGAGAAACUCAAAAAAUUAGAAUAUGGCGUAAAAGUCCUUUUAUUUCAGUAAAUCUAAGGCUGAGAGACCAUUUAAAGGGAUACUUUACAACCAUUUCAUAUCUAAUUUUCUUGAGCCAGUAUAUGCUAGAAUGACUUUACAGGGUUAAUGAAAGGCCAGCUAGUCCCAUUUGCCGCCGGUGGCCAGAAUGUUCCACUUGCAACUUCAGAGUUGCCGGUCCGAUUGCUGGGACUAAGAAAAAAAUUGAGCUGCUUUUCCUGCAUGUUUUAGAUCAUGAACAUAGCUGAUUUAUUUGAUUUAGUUAUUAAUCACUCCUGUGGACACUAAGGAAGGCUGGGGAGACAUUUCAGCUAUUAGAUUAAGAUGUUAAAAAGACAAACACACAGAGAGAUUUUACUUUUGGUUCUACAAAUGGGCACUAGGGGGUGCUAAAACUACCUAGUCUCCCUUUAACGCCCUAGGAACCCUUUACAGGUGUUUUGGAUUCAUUAGCUGAUCAGACUUUGAGCCUAGAAUAUUGAACCUUUUCACAAUAUUCUAAUCUUCUGAGAUUUUAAAUUUGGGGUUUUCAUAAACUGUGACCCAUAAUCAUCACAAACAUAAAGGUUUGAAAUUUCUAGCUUUGCAUGUAAUGAGUCUAUCUCAUAUUAGUUUCACCUUUUAAGAUAUUCAUAAAUGAACUUUUUGCGCCAUAUUCUAACUUUUCAAGUUUCACCAGUAGCCUAUAUAUUUGUAAAUUGAUUGCUCUGCAGAGCAAAAUCCUCCUACAGGCUAACAAACAUUAGCAACUGGUGGUCUACCUUCUCAAUCCUAUUUUCACCUAAAGCCAGAUUUACUAUAAGCAGCAGCUCUGCUGCAAACAGGAAGCAACACUAAAGGAGAGUCCUUAUAACUUAAAAAUCAUGCAAAUAAUAAUGUAUUGAAUUCUUCAUUAAAUACAUUUUAAGUAAAAACACUCAUAAAACAUAUUUUACCCUCUAAAUGUGAUAAAAAGCAUGUUAUUUAUUCAAAUAAAUGCUUAUAAUUAAUUUAAAAAAUGGCUGAUGAAUGUUAAAUGACGAGAAAAAGUGAAGCUGCUUUAAAAUAACACCCUCCAUGACAACUGUGUUCUACUUUUGUUUACAACUAUGCAAAGUCCUGGAGUUCUAGGAAGUAUCUGCAACGAUCCCAUUAAAGAGUUAUCUGUCCUUUGGGCUUAAAGAUUAGGGCGGGAGGCGCAUCGGGUUAAGACAUCAGGAGGAGCCACAUAUUCUUCUCCAGCCGUAGUUUCUCCACCAGCUCCCUGCAGGAUUUGUGACAAAAGCACACCCAGACCCCCCAAAAAGGAGUAAUGGGUUCCUACGGAUCGAGCCUGGACGACAUCCUGGAGGAGGACAUGCACCACUGGUACACAAAGUUCAUGAGGGAGUCUCCUUCAGGACUCAUCACGCUGUUUGAGCUCAAGACCAUGCUGGAAAUGAACGGGAUGACGGAGGAGGCCAGCAGUUAUGUGGACCAAGUCUUCCUGACCUUUGACAUGGAUGGGGACGGCUAUUUGGACUUUGUUGAAUACAUCGCAGCAAUAAGUUUGUUACUGAAAGGAGAAGUAAACCAGAAACUAAAGUGGUACUUUAAGCUUUUUGACCAAGAUGGAAAUGGAAAAAUCGACAAGGAGGAACUGGAGACUAUUUUUAAGGCCAUUCAAGACAUCACUAGAAAUUAUGACAUCCAUCCAGAUGAGAUUGUGACUCUUAUUUAUGAAAAAAUUGACAUCAAAAGAGAAGGUGAACUGACACUGGAGGAGUUCAUCAGUGGAGCUAAGGAGCAUCCGGACAUCAUGGAUAUGCUCACAAGGAUGAUGGAUCUCACUCAUGUCCUGGAAAUCAUCAUCAACGGUCAGAAGAGGAAAGCUGUAAAAUGAGUCUAGCGAGCAGGACUGUAGGUGGAGUUCAGAGCUGAAAAAAGGUUGUGCUUGGAAGAGUUAAUCCAAUCUCUGACGGCACCAAAUUAACUGACUGAGCUGUGACGCUGAGAGGGAAAGAGCUUCAGUUCCUUUUCUCUUUUUCUAGUGCUCCCAGCACUUUGAUUACAGCUUCUUUAGGAGUAACACACGUUUUGUACAUUUUGUUCCAGUGAGAAAACACAGAUUUCCUCCAAGGUUUUCCUAUGUGACUCAAUGUUGGGCAAACAGGACAAUAAAGUCAGAUCUGCUCGUUUUGAAUGGAGCACAAGUGUUGAAGCAGCGCUUUCAUGCACAGAAAUAUCAGAUGCAAAGAGAAAACUAAUGGGGGAUGAGUGGAGUUCAACAGGCUUUAAUACAACAUGAAUCUAAGAAUUGUAUUUUGAUUUGUUUCAUUAAAAACAACCAGGAUCAUGUGGA